GCACGAUCAUAAGCCUGGAUUCUCUAUUUAAUCCAGCAGUUUGUUGAAGUGCAAUUCCCUUACAAGCAGUAGUGUCGGGGGAUCUCUACGUCUGGAUCAUUUGAUUCUUAGGUUAGAAUCAUGGUCGCGUUUUCAAUUAUCUCCAUCCUUUCGUCACUGCUGCUCGCGUCACUGUCGUAUGCAUCCCCUGUUUCGCGGCAGUUCUCGAACUCGCGACUAUCCCUUCCGUCGCUAGAUCCCCAAAGUUGGUUUUGCCGUCUCGUCCACGCGACACCGGUUCACAAGCUUUGCCUACGGGAAAGGUCGACUGCGAUAUCCGUGAAAACUCGCCUUGGCGUCGCGCAGGGUGUAGUUGACGUCUCGGGUGUUAACAGGUUUUCUGUGAAGUAUGCUUCUGCAGAACGAUGGUCCCCAUCCUCUGUGGUGACUGCAUGGGCACUCCCCAAUGGUUCUACAAAUGUCUCAUCGUUGCCGCUUAUGUGCCCGCAGCCCUUCGUGGAUAACUCCACGUACACCGAGGAUUGCAUGUCGAUGAUUCUCUAUAUUCCCACCACAUUACACGCCGACAGUGAUGUACCCACUUUGAUGUGGGUUCAUGGAGGUUCGUUUAUGGUCGGAUCCGCCACAAAUCCUGGUCUAGAUGGAUCUGCACUGGCGCUUGCCACUGAUUCGAUCGUUGCGGUUAUUCAGUACCGCCUGGGAGCUCUUGGCUUCGUUGCUCCCAACAAUCAGACCAACCUUGGUCUAGGAGAUGCUGUGAACGCACUCAAAUUUUUGACGACUGUGCUUCCUAGCUUCGGUGGCGACCCGAGUAAGAUCACUAUAGCCGGCCAAAGCAGUGGUGCGAAUAUGAUUCGUGCCCUUCUUGCUGUGCCUUCUGCACAGUCACUAUUUCAAUCUGCAAUUUUGCAGUCUGACCCUAUGGACUACGGCUUCCUGUCAUCAUCUGACCAGGUCCAACUUCAGCAGUACUUCGUGUCAAAUCUCGGUUGUACUGCAACCGACUCAGCGUGCCUAAAUGCUUUAACCGCGGAUACCAUCGUCAAUGGUGCCGGUCUUUGGCAGUUCAACAGCUCUGUAUACGUCGUCCCAGCCGCGACUCAAUCGGAGCCAAUGCGUGUUGUGAAUGACGGUACCUUCAUCACCUCGACGUUGGAUUCGACUUCGCCAUUCCCCAGCGUUUCCAAGCCUAUCUUACUUUCUAAUGUUGUUGACGAGGGAGGCUAUACGAUCUACGGCUCAUUCCCUGAUCCCAUACCUGAAGCUGAGUAUGUUGCUAUUGUCAACGCCUCGUUCGGCGAGACACGCUACGAGGCUCUCAUGGGCUCGCAAAGCUACGCCGUCGGGACUGCUCAAAAUGGUGACUACCGCCCUCAGCUCCAAGUGCUCGCCACGGACUCGGUCUGGCGAUGUGCGACAUGGACGUUCGCGCGAAACUGGGUCUCUAAUGGUGGUACUGCGUACGUAGGAUUGUACUCCGUAGGCGCUAGCUACCCCGGCAACUCCGCUGUCCCUUUCUGUACCGAACCGGGCGUUGUUUGUCAUCAGGACGAUAUCGAGAUAGUUUUCGGCACCGCUCUUAUCCCUAACUUUGCUCAGUCCGCGCUGAUUACCGAAAUGCAAGCCCGUUACAAGUCAUUCUUGUAUAGCGGGAACCCAAACCCCGAUGAUUCAUCAUACACCGAUUGGCAGGCGGCCGGGACUUCAGACGUCAAUGCCAUACUGCUUGGCAGCACUGGCGAUGCUCCUAUUGGCGCUUGCACCCCAUCUUUCUGGGGUCAAAGCGUCGCGUACGAUUACCAAGUAUUCAAUAUCUAGACGCCCGUGUAAAAUUUCAUGGUCUGAUGUUGUCUCCCGGAUAGUGGAUCCAUCUUGUUACCCUCAUCUCCGCGUUUAAUGCUCUUCAUGAAUCUCCUGGUUCAUAGGGAAUUUCGGGUCCUGUUAUUGUUUAUUCUUCUUUAAUGUCCAGAUUGAUUGUUUUGCAUUUGCUUUACAUGUCAUACUUUGUAGCCUACUCCGUGUUCUCUCCGCUAAAUGCCACUGUAGCCCAAAUUACUUUCUUCUCUAAAUACACCAAUCGCGUUGUCCUCUGUAUGAGGAAAUAUGAAUAAAGUGUGUUGGAACUGACUGACUGCGAGUAGAUGGUAUACGUGAGGGUAUGUUCUUAAAGUUUAGGUAUAUGAGCUUCGACCGGGCAUUGAGUGAACAAGUCGAAGUUGCGUUCCAAAUUCAUCUGAGAGAAUGGCUAUACGAGCAAUUAGACCAACACUAGCCCAUCAAAAUACAA